GGAGCUCGCGCGCUCGUGAAUUUUGAUUGUAUGAACAAUAUUUACUAUACGAUUCACGUCUACUUCUGCUGCACUCUGCAGUUCCGUUGCCUAGUUACUGAACGUACUGUAAGUCUGUAUUCUGUAACUCAUUUUCGCACUUCAAAAACUAGGAAAUUCGGUUCAAUCACGAUUUGUGAUUUACCUUUAAUCCUACAUAAAACGUCGAAUUUUGUUGGCGUUCAAUUUUUGUUCAUAGUUUGUUUCUCCUCUUUCUACAACUGUUUUUCCGAGUGUUCGACAAUAGAAGGAUUCAUUACUAGACUGAUGGCUUACCGACGAUGAUGACGUGCUCCGUUAACACGUCACGCAGCUGUUGUGACCGUUGUCGGUAGCUGUUGUCCGUUGAGCAAUCAUGGAAAUUCCGGAGAUUGCGAACGAUUCUCCGCCGUCAAAAACGACAGAAAAUAGUGAUCGUGUCGACAACAUCCAGGUAGUGGAUGAUGACGAGGAGGAAGAAAAAACUUGCAUGUCCGUCGUAAACCGACUUGAAGUACCCGGUAAUGACCAACUAGAAGUACCCAGUGAAGACCAACUGCAAGUACCCAGUGAAGAUCAACAGAAAGUACUCAGCGACGUCGUUCGACAGCAACGAGAUGAGCUCGAUUAUUAUCAACGCCAGUUAGCCAUCAAUGAGCACAAGUACCUGACGGACGUCAGCGAUUUGCAAUCACAGUUACAGUCAUCAAAGAAAAUGUAUGACACUGCCAAGCAUGAGAAGGAAGCGGCAUUUAUGCGCUAUGUACUUAAAGAAAAGGAAAUUCUGGAUCUAAAUACAGAAAAGAAAAAACUUAUGGAUAACCUAAAGGAUAAGGACAAGCAAAUUUCAAGGUUGAAAGCCAACUGUAAAGAUAUGGCUAAUUGUACAACCGUAUUAGAAACAAAGAACAAAGAAAUCAAGGAAUACAAGGUUGUAAUUGACUUGCUCAAAGAUGAAAAGUCAAAAAUUUCAAAAGACUUGGAAUUCUGGAAAACCAAGUAUGAACAUGAAUCAAAGUGUUCUCAUGAAACAGAAAGUAAAUUACUACAAGAAAUUCAAGAACUGCAAAAUAGAUUGGAAUUAUUGACCAAACAAAAUGAAUCAUUUAAUGAAGAAAGUAAUUUAGAAAAAAUAAUACUGAAUAGUAGAAUAUAUUUGGAUUUGAAGCAAUGUUCAGAGCAACAACUUAAAGAGAUGAACAAAUUAAAAAGUGUUAUCGAAGAUUUGAACAAUAAAUUAACCAAAUGUACUUGUACUGUAAAUUCUUUGGAAAAUGAAAAUAUUGAUCUUAAAACUUACACACAAAGUUGUGAAAUCAAAACCAAUGAAUUGCUUAUGUUCACUGAAAGUUUAAGUUCCCGCAAUGCAUCACUGCAGUCAGAAUGCUUAAAUUUACAAACAGCUUUAGAAAAAUUAAAAAACGACUGUGAUAUAUUGAAACAAAAAAAUAAUGAUCUCAAGAUUGCUUUCAAAUCACAAGAGGACAGUAUGGAAAAAGAAAAAGAGCUUUACAACCUUGACAAAAAAGAACUAGCAAACCAUUUGGCGCAUAAAAUGCAAAUGAUUGCAGACUUAAAAACCACAUUGGAAUGCACUCAAGAUGAUUUGCAUGUUUCUAAACGAAAAUUUAAAACUACUGUGUCCGAGUUGACCAAAGAGUUACAGAAAAAAAACAUUGUUGAUACCUCUGUUGAAAUGAAAAUGGUUUUAGACAAGAUGGUUAAACUGCAGCAAGAAAAUGCAAGGAUAUGUGAAAAACUAGAUUUUGUAGAAGACCAUAACAAGCAUUUGCUAUGUGAAUUAAAAAAAAAAAGUAGUAUUAUGCAAAAACAUGGUAUAUCUGGUGGCAAGAAUGGCCUAGUGCCGAGUCUAAGUGAACAGAAACCAGAACGUUACUGACAAUAUAUAUACUAUCAACAGUCGACAACUUAAAACAUUAACACUGUACAUCUGUACUAAUUUAUAAGUAUUCAUUA